CACUCACUCAAUAUACCCAGCAAUGACCUCAUUCAUUUUCGUUUACUUCCUGUUGGCUUACUUACUCAUCAUUUCCCGAGUAACAGCUUUCCCUUUAGCGGAAACGCAAAUACCGUCCGUCCAAGACGAAAUAACCAUUACGUUCAAGAACAGUGCUAAUUCACAGAACUCAGACUUCGAAAAGCUUAUGAAUGGAAUCGUAUCAUCUGCCACCGACCAAAAGGAGUUUGCUGUUCGACCCUCUGAAGUUCCAAGAAGAAUUUUUGAGAGUCAAUCAAUGCAUCGAGGAAAUAAGAAUGUCAAGGUGUCUCUGUUUCAAGAAAACUGGCGCUACGAAGACUACAUGCAUGAUUGGUACGACGAUGAAGAUGUAGAUGAGAGAGAAUAUUACUCAGAAACAUAAUGUUCUUUGCCAUGUAUAAUUGUAAUUUUCAUGUAGUCCGCAUUAUUCAAAGGCGGAUGGAGACCGCUUAAUAACUUGUACCAAUAUAAAAAUAAAUAUUUCGUU